AUGGCGUUAAGAGGGAUGGUAAUAGAUGAGAGUGAUGAUAUAGAGAGCUAUAUUGAGCCAUCUCUUUGUUUGGAUAAAGCCAAGGAGCUUCUUGCACUCAUCAAUCUUCCCACAGGACUGUUGCCAUUGAAAGAUAUGACAGAAGUUGGGUACAACAAAACAAAAGGGUUUGUGUGGAUGAGGAUGAGAAGCAAGAUUGAGCAUACAUUCCGUGCGAUAGGUCGCAAAGUGGUAUAUGAUACGGAGAUAACUGCGUUUGUUGAGGACCGGAGGAUGAGGAGACUUACCGGAGUCAAAAGCAAGGAGCUCAUGAUCUGGGUUCCUGUGAAUGAUAUCUUCAUCAAAGAGAGAGAUCCUGAGAAGAUCACCUUCGCAAAUACCACCGGUCUGUCACGGACAUUUAAAGUUUCAGCUUUUCAUUGCGAGGAUUGA